UACGAUUGUUAGUCUAGCAGAAGAGUUCGUAGUGUAAACAUGUGCCAGCCGGCGUCGACGCUUCCCGACGACGACUGAGAAUAUCCUACCCUACCCUCCCACCCAACAACAACAACAAAAGAAAAAGACGAACGACGACAGCGAGAAACGGUGACGACGAGUGAGUUCGCGAGGUGAUAUGGCAAGUGCGUCCUUGUAGUGGAAGCAAAAAGGCGAGUUUGUGUGUUUGUGCGUGCGUGCGUGUGUUGUGCGUUAGAACAAUUGGGCAAAUUUCACGUGGUUGCCCCGCGAUCCCCCCCUCCCCAUCUUUCCCGCAUCUAUGUGCGCCGUGCGGUGUUGGUGUGUAACGCGCGUUGGUGGCGCGGUGCAACGGUUGCAGGGGUCGCCGGUCAAAGCGGGUUAAAAGCGCGACUGCCCCCCCGCCUUUUCACGGCCAACCUGCCCGUCCCCUGCGGGAUGUGUGGUGGCCGGCAGCCGAGGGCGAGUGUGGUGCGCGGCGUACGCACACCUUCCUUCCCUCCACUGGUGGCCACGGGCCGCAGCAGCGCACCGACGAACCGACUCUUCUUCUAUCAACGGGCCGGGUGAGUGAGCUACAAUCAAACAGAGAGCGAGAGAGAGAGAGAGAGUGAGAGAAAACAAACACCAAAAAGAAAACGAGGCCCAACCCAAUCCAAAAAGAAGAAGAAGAAGAAGAAGAAGCAUAAAAAACAGCCACCAAUUGUGCAGUUCUGUGUUUUACCGAAAAGGAAGUGUUAGUGUGCGGAAGCAAAAGAAAAAAAGAAAGGAAAAAAGUUCACAACAGUGUGUGUGGUGGGUGCAUCAAUCAGGCGAGCAAGGAGCGUCGGCCCGAGCGAGAAUCGAGCAUAACAUCUGCAACAGCAAAAGCAAAAAAAAAAAACCCCCCGGCCAGUUCCCUUCAAAUCCCAAUCAAUGGUGUCCUGCAGCGUUGCUGUGUCGACGUACUACAACGCGGAAGGAAGUAUCAUGCCAUCUUCGACCAAGUUUUCCCUGCAAUUUCCUUCCUUGCCAUCCGGACUACCGAAGGACAGUGAAAACGAUGCACUAGCGGACAGCGAUUGCUGCGUUCAGUGCCCUCAGUGCCACCAGACGGUUCAGGGAAUCGAGGCACUGAAAGAACACAUUCAGCUUAAUCACAGCGGCUGCCCGAACGGCCGGAGGGCAAAGUUCCCGACCGAUACUAGCGCACCGGACGACGACGACGAAGACGACGUAGAGGACGCGGACGACGAGCGCAUGGCGGAGGAGGACGAACAUCACGUCGAUCCGGAGGCCGUGUCGCCCCUGCCGGCCCCGCUCGAUUCGCUCGCGGCCAGCGCGGUGGCGGGCGCACGGGCCUCAGGCGAUCUGGUCGGCAGCCGGCUCCAGGCCAAGUGUGGCAGCCUGCUGCAGCUCCAGCAGCAGAAGCACCAGCUGGCCCAGCUGGUCGACGACCGGGAGGACGAGGAGGAGGAGCUAGAGGUGGCCCAGGGAGGCAGCUCGCCGCGCGAUCUGCUAAUGGCGGGGCUGGCCCCGCAAACCGUACCGGCGGCCGACCGGUCGUACGGACCGCGAUCGAUGGUGAUCAGCCCGGCGCAGGACGGCAGCAGCAACUCAAGCAGCGGGCCGAGCCUGCCGACCGGCGGCACCACCGUGAAGGAGGGCGGUGCCGAGCUGGCCGUGUACGAGUGUGCCCAGUGUCCGACCACGUUCGCCAGCCGGGAUCAGCUGGAGCGGCACGAGAUGCAUCACGCACCGUCGGCCGAUGCGAGCUGCAAGGUGUGCAACAAACCGUUCGCCAACGUGUACAGACUGCAGCGCCACAUGAUCUCCCACGACGAAUCGUCGCAGCGGCGGAAAUUCAAAUGCAACGAAUGUGAUAAAGCGUUCAAAUUCAAGCACCAUCUGAAGGAGCACAAGCGCAUCCACUCCGGCGAGAAGCCGUUCGUCUGCCCGAACUGCGGCAAGCGCUUCUCGCACUCCGGCUCCUACUCGAGCCACAUGACCUCGAAAAAGUGCAUCAAUAUGGGCAUCAGGCUCAACCACAACAACAACAACAACAACAACAACAAUAACAGUAGCAGCCACAACAACAAUAACAACAACAGCACCAGCCACAAUAACAACAGCUCCAACAACAGCGGUAGCGGCAGUGACAGUAACCACCGAUCGCCCCAGUACCCGUUCCACGGUGGCAACGGGUUCACCGGCAUCCCGAACGGGCAUCCCGGUGCGAUAGGCACUGGGGGGCUUGGCCGUUCGCCGAUCGGUCUGCUACCGCAGGCGGCCCUCCAUCGCGAUCUGGACAUUGCCGGACGGCUCCGCCUAGUGACGUCACCGUCGCCCACCUCCUCCUGUUCCUCCGCGACCAAGCACGAGCUGGACGCGAUCGGUCCGCAGCCGGGCGGUGUGGACCCGCUGCUGCUCACCAAGAUACAGCAGGCGUCCUGGCUCGCCGUCGCCAUGCACAACAUGCAGGCCAUGUGGGAUCCGAACGUGCUGCGCCUGUUUGACCAAUUCCAGCAGCAGCCACAGUCGACGUCGUCGUCUACUGACAGUGAAACGCACGAGCCUAUGGAGGAUGGCUCGCACCAGCAGCAGCACCAGCAGCAGCACCAGCAGGGACCGCCACAACCACCACCACCGCCGCCAGCCACAACCUCGCUGCUUGGUGACGAGGAUGAGCAGCGGCCGGAAUCGGCCCGGCGGCCUGCUUCGUCGAUCGAUGUCGUCGCGAUGCCGGAAGGCGUCGCCCAACAGAACCCGUCCGAACGCAUGGAGAUCGACGAAGAGGAGGAGGAGCACGAGGAGGACGAAAGCUGCGCGGAGGAGAAGGUUGAGGUCGUGAUGGGCACGAGCACAGCCGGUAGUCGGCAGUCGCCGGCCGCCUUUCACGAGGAUGCAAUCCAGAAAAGCGCCGACAAUGGCUCCGCUGUAGAGGAGCAGGAUAGGGAGGAGUCGUCGCACCAACCACAGAAGGACGAAUAUCCCGAGGAGCAGCAAUCUGCUGAGAGCAAGCUGAUUUUGCCGCUGCUUCCCAAGCAGGAACCACUAGACGAACCGGCAAUGGAGUCUACCAACUCGAUGGAGUCGCAGCAGCACCAGCAGCAGCAACAGCAGCAGCAACAGCAGACACCAGAACAGCUGACGUCAUCUGUCAGCCAUGACACGCUGUCCGUCGUGAAAGAUGAACCGUCCGAGGAGACUGCCAUCGACCCAUCGCUGGAGCUGUCCGACGAGCCCAAACUGAACGAGCGGGACAUGGAACGGGCGCACUUCUCGUCGCCCUCGGCCGCAUCCUCCCUCUCGCCCUCAGUUUCCACUGCCCCGCUGCACUGCAUCUACUGCAGCGAGGAGUUUGCGACCGAGCCGGAGAUGCUGCAGCACGCACGGAUGUUCUGCAAGCGCUCCCUGCUGCUCAACCCGUUCAUGAGCGCGUCGGGUGCGCUGGCGCAGACGGGCAACGGUGUGCCAGCGGGUACGAUCGCCGGAGGCGGUGGCAUCAGCAGCAGCAGCAGUGGCAACAGCAGCAACAGCAGCUGCAGCGACGACGACACCGACUACGAUACGGUCGCACUCAAGGGCGACUGCGGUGGUGCGUACGGACUGCACGGUAGCAUGGCCGGCGGUGCACUCGGUGUCGGAGGACCGCACGGUGGACCGGGUGGCAGUGGCAAGGUGCGCGUCCGCACCUCCAUCUCAGAAGAGCAGCAGAACGAGCUGAAGAAGUACUACGCCCGCAACAGCAAGCCGAGCCGGGACGAGUUCCAGGCGAUCGCCCAGCACGUCAAGAUGGAGGCGCGCGUUGUGCAGGUGUGGUUCCAGAACAACCGAUCCCGGGAGCGCAAGAUGGGCGUAACCGGUGGCAGUGGUGGUGUCGGUGUCGGUCGCCAGUAUGCAGCGGGUGGUGGUCAGGCCGGCGGCCAGACGGUCGCCCCGGCAGGGACGCCGAACUCGCCGCUGCACGCCGACCGUGCACCGUCGGUCGUAACCGGGCAGGACGCGACCGGCGACCAGCCGCUCGACCUAUCCGUCAAGAAGGGGCUGCUCACGGUCGGUGAGGCGCUGCUGAGUGCCGCCACAAACUCGCAGGCCGCCGCCACGGCGCUGGCCGCCGGCUCGCUUCCGGCCGUGCUGCUCCAGGCCGACACCAUGUCCGCGCUGAACGAAGCGAUCAACCUCAGCAUCAAGGCGUCCUGUUCACCGACCGCCUACUUCUACCACGACAUACACCCGAUCCACGGCGUUACGGCCGGACCGCAGGCGCACGCCAUGCUUGGCCUCGGGACCGGGCUGCCGCGGGACACACCCUCGCCCCAGGACGGCCGGGGUCAGCACACGGCAGCGCCGUCGCUGCCGUCCCAGCCGUCGCCGCACGCGUACGGAAAGUAUCCGCCGAUGCACGGGCUCCAUCCGCCGCACCAUCCUGUCAGCCUGGCCGGCAUGGACCAGCUGUUCCGGAAGUACUCGCCGAGGCUGGCAGCGGCGGUGUCGACCGCGGCCGCUCCCGGUACCAUGGUUGGCCGGGCCAGCCUUAGCCCGGGCGCGCUCGACAUCAUGCCGGACGAGACCGGCACGAGCUACUACGGCGCCUUCCCGGACAAGAAGCACCUGCUGCAGUCGAUGCUGAACGUGCCCAAGCGGGGCGCCGGGUACGGGCUCGGUGGAGGUGCUGGCAAUGGGGCAGCGACCGGUGCCGGCGGCAAGGAUGCCGGCUCGCUGGCCCACCCUGCCCCGGAUGCCGAGGGACAGUACGUCUGUGAUCAGUGCGACAAGACGUUCAGCAAGCACAGCUCACUGCAGCGACACAAGUACGAACACUCAGGUCAACGUCCUUACAAGUGCAUGGAAUGUCCGAAGGCGUUCAAGCACAAGCACCAUCUGACCGAGCACAAGCGGCUGCACAGUGGGGAGAAGCCGUUCCAGUGCUGCAAGUGUCUGAAGCGCUUCUCGCACUCCGGCUCCUACAGCCAGCACAUGAACCAUCGCUACUCCUACUGCAAGCCCUACAGGGAGGGCAAAUAAGGCAACGGCCUGGGGCGGGAUGU